UCGAGUCUCGACAAUGCGAGCGAGUCAUUCAAUAUACACACCGUUGUUCGUCAGGCAUUAUCAUCAUCCGCCAUUACACGACAACUACAAGUUGUUUUACACGCGUAUCGUUAGCACGUCAAUCACAAAUCGAAUUUUUUUUUCGAAUUUUUCACACAUUGAACAAUUUAAAUGGUUCCAAAUAAUUCAUAAAUACGGUGUACGCUUCAAAAUAUUUUUUUUUAUCAAAAUUAUUUAACUGGAAUAGUUAUAUUUGGACGAAUGCAAAAACAGAUAGCAAUUUUUCCCUAGUUGAGAAUACUGUACUCAAAGAGAAAAGUUUUUUUGUGAGCGAGCAAAAAGGUUACAUACGUAUUUGAAGACAGAUUGAGUUGUUUCUGCAGUUGCUGAUCGUUAAUUACAUAUACUACAACCGAUCCACAGACAUAAUCUGCAGUUGAAUGAGGUCAAUUUCUUCCACCAAUAACUCUACGUCAAUGUGAUUCUGUAUACUAGUGUUAUUGUUUUGCAGAACUUCAGUUUUUUUUAAUUUGUUAAUACAUCAUUUAAUUGAUACAAAGAGAAAGAAAGUAAUAAUUUUCUUAUCGAAUUCACUGAGAGUUUGCAUUAACACUUGGGACAAAUGAAAAAGCCAACGAAUGCGAAGUAAAUGGAUGAUUUUUAAGUACUGGUCCCUUUGUGUCCGUGAUAAUCGAUUCCAGAGUGGAUCGUUGUCACAUUAAAUAAGAAAUUAACUGCGAGAAAAUUUCAAUUUUAAAGUGCUGACACAUAGAUCACUACUACUCAUUUUUUAAUGAGUAUUCAAAUUGCCGAAAUAUUACAACGGCUACAAAGCGCAUUGGAUCAAAAUUACAAUGUCGCCGACAUGGAUACGGUAUUACAAGUUAUCACAGAGCUGGAAAACAUACAGAUCACAAAAGAACAACUGGAAACCACCCGACUUGGAAAGCAUAUAAACCAUUUGCGUCGUAAAACAGCGAAUGAAUCAUUAGCCCGCCGCGCAAAAAAUCUGCUUAAAAAAUGGCGUGAAAUGGUUUUACCAGCAUCAUCAGGGGGAGCUACGCAACAGCAGCUUCCACAUUCACAAAAACCAAAUAUACCCAGAGUUUCUCCAGCAUUAGCGCAACAACAUGAUGACAGAGGAGUGCAACCACAGUUCUAUAAUCAAAACCGAAUGUCGACACAGUUUCAUGACACCAGCGAACAUAUUAUUGUCGAUAAUUCAAAAUACCCGACUGGCGAUAGCAGGAGACAUGGACGAAUCCAUGAAACUGGCUCAAAUCAUGCAUUAUUGCCCGCCAAAAAUCCAUCAAUAGCAGCUGACCAAAAUGAAGACUGUACGCGAUAUACCAACAAAUUUCACGACAUCAAAUCGAAUUUAAAUACGAAUGUUGGCGGACAGUUGACUUCGUCCAAUUUUAGUGGCAAAAAUAAAGAGCCGGAUCCAUAUAGAAUGCUUAGCACUAAUGAUAAUUUAAAAAGCCACAUUAGCAUAUCUGCCUUACCAAAAAUACCGAAGAUUAAAAACUCCGCCACUUCGCUGAGAUUAAGUAAACAUACCGAUCGAUCACACAGUCCUUUAGUAAAUUUAAAAGAAUCAUCGUCCAUGCCGAAAUUUUCAUCGAGUUCGCAUGAUGAAAAUUCGGUACAUGUGUACGAUGUACAAAAUUACAAACACUUUCAAUCAAAUCAAUCGUCCAUCUCGAAUGGACGUAAUCCAGAUUAUGGUGAUAACUCAACUGCAAUGGACAAUAAUUCGAAUUCGUCAUCUGUAAACAUCAUCGAACCUGAUACAAUCGUACCAAAUAUUAGUCAGCUGAGCAGUGAAAGUUUAACUAAUGAAGUUCUCAAGAAAAAGCAUAAAAAGCACAAAAAAGACAAAAAAGGCAAAAAACAGAAACAAUUAUCGUCGCCAGCAACAACCGAACAAACCUCUGUAACAAGUAGACCACCUGUACUUGAGCUGCCUGAUAGUCUUUCAAGUAAUUCAAUCAGUUUGUUUGCAAACACUAGUGAUUCAAUGAAGGACCAACAUAUGCCAACAAACAGCAAUGCUUUUUUGACUAAUGUCGGAACAUCGUUACCAUCAACAUCCAUAAACCAUGCGGCAAAAAGUGUUUUAUGGACGCCUACAAUUACAUCAAAUACAGUAUCAUCGGAUGAUUUGACAUUCAGCGGUAGAUUUAAAAGAACUGAUGACAAUAUCAUUAAUAUCGACAGUAGUAGUGGAGCAAGCAAUAGUCCAAAAUAUCAUUCAAAAAGUCCAAUGUUAUUGACAGCCAAAAGUCGUAGCUCUAGUCCGUCACGAAUUUUUACGCUGCCAAUGAGAGGCACUGAUUGCGGUAGCCGUAUUGCUACCGAUGAAGAAAAUUCAUCUAAACAACACAUAUCCUUGCUGAAUCAGAAUGAAUCGUCACAAGCAGGUCCAUAUGGAGACAGUCUGGUGCAGGAUGAUAUAUUAGAGAAUGAUAUACCAAGAACAUCAGUAUCAAACAUUGGACAACUAACAGGUAAAAAACGUGGCCGCAAAAAGGGUUCAAAGGGAGUUGAUAGCCGUUUAGGUAGUGCUAGUAAUUCAUCACAUUCACAGCAAGCUGGUGCUCCAUACUAUGACUCAAUAUCAUUUUCAUCGUUGAAAAAUAAAAUUGAAUUAAUUCGUGGAACGACCAAAAAAGUGAAAACAACCAAGGAAUUAUUGGCGGAAUUACAAAAUCGAAAGGCAACAACAUCGACUGAUGAUGGUAGUGCGGUUGAAUCGCAGUUACAAUCGCACCAAGAUGUCGAUGAAAAUGGUCUUACAAAUGGAAAAUAUAAUUUGGGGUUGAAAAUAACAACUCCAAUGUCACCUAUGUUGUCUUCACAUACUCGAAUCACAAGCUCGGAACGAAGUAGUAGCAAAAAGUCGAAGUCAGCGGCCGUGGGCGGAUCUAUGUCAGAUAAUCAAAGCUCAUAUGAAAAUCAAGCAGCAAUCGAAAUUGGGAAUGCAAAAAGUAUAGUUGACCAAGAAAUUGAAGAGUUACAUGCAAAAUUACCGCCAGUGAAUAGAGCCGCGCUGAGGGCAUGGCAAAAAUCAACGUAUAAUAAUAGCAUUGUUUGUACAUGUAAACUAAUUGAGAUCACCGACAAAGAUAAUUCAAUUGAAAUGAAUGAUAACCCAACCACAAAGGAUCAUAGUGUAGAAAAUAUUAAUGUGCCAAAGAUGUUAACUGACUGCAAUGUACUUCCUCAAGCAGCGCUGGUCGAAAAUCGACCGUACGAAUUGAAUGAUAAUCGAUGCGAAUUCUCCAAAUCAAUUCCACCUACAGAAUACAAUAGCACAGUGGCUACCUCAAAUAGCAUCAAUACACCGAAUGUAAAAUCGAUAGAUCAGGAUCCACCGUUUAAAAAACCAACUGUGAAAUCAAUAUUUGAUUUGGAUUACGAUGAUGAUGACCCGAUUACAUUUAAAUUAAAUCACAAUAAUAAUAUAAAUUUAAAUACAAAUUUAAAUAAAAUAAGUAGCAAUAGUGAUAGUAAUAAUGAUAUUUCUGAUGACAAAAGCUGUGAUGAAUUGUUUCUAAACGAGAAUAUUAAUCAAGAUGGUGAAGUAAUACCAAUUAAAUGUGCGGCGAAAAGCAAUUUUCCGACAGAUAGCGAACAACAUGAACAGGGCAAAGUAGAUGAUUGUAAUCCAAUUGUGGAUGGAAUGCAAUCAAAUGUACACAACUCAGACUCAAAUAUCACCGCUGCCAAUACUAAUGUAAUUCCAUCAAAAACAAUGCAAGAAGAACCGAAGGCUCUGAACGCUGAUCUCAACGCAAUUGAACCCCAACCACGUUUCCGUGUUGAAGAAGAUGUGAAUUGUAAUGCAAAACAAUUGUAUAUCACAUCAAAACAGUCAAUCACGGAGUAUCACAUCAAAAAUCUACAUACCUCGUAUAUACCAAACAUAAACGGGAACUGGGACGAUGCCAAGGGAGAGGAAGACUCUAUGCAGCCACAAACAAAAAUUGGUUGUGAUGAUGUAAAUCUAAUGCAAACUAUUUGCGGCGAUGAAGAACAAACAGCUCAGAAAAACAUCGAAUCAACAAUGGAAACAACGAUACACGACCAAGAUGGACAAGCAUCUAAAGAAACAACAUUGGAACGAGAAGAUGAUAAAGAAGAGUUUGAAAUGGAGCCACGUAUUACUGAGAUUUCGAUAGGUCUUUACGAGCGUGUAGUUCCGCUGUGCAAUUACUUAACUAUUGAUCAAUUGCCGAAAAAUCUCAGUCAUACCAGUUUGAACUUUGGUCCAUCAGAUGAAGUGGAGCCACAUAUCUUUUUGGCCAACAUCAUGGUGAAAAAAGAGAUUACCACCGAGAUGGAAUCACAAGAUUCUACUACAAAUGUUGAGAAUAUUGUCCAUACAAAUGAGAAUAAUCCGCAUAUCGUUGCCGAUGAUUCAUUUGAAGCGAAAAUUAAUCAAAAUUUUCGCAUUUAUGAUUGCAGCAACGAUAUUAACGAUAUCGAAAGUGGGCGGAAACAUUCAACAGACAUUGGUUUGAUGGAUUUAGACCAAGGAUGUGAAGAUUUACCACCUGAUUUUGAGUGCGAGCCAAUUGAACAUAUAUGUGAAAUGGAUGUUGAUGACAUUGUUAUGAAUAACGCUAAUGAGCUAAAAUCUGAAACAGAUAAUAAUGUGUAUUCCAUUGCGAACGAUCCAUUUGUCGAGAUGAUCGAACCCAAAAAUAACAAAUCCAUUGAAGAGAGUGAUAUCGAAUUGCACAACGAGAAUGAACCAGUAAAAUCACCAUCGCCUGUAAUCGAUGAAAAUGCACGGGCGAGCAUAGACGAUACCGAUAACCUACACCAAGUUAUAGAUCUGAGUCCAAAUCAAAUACUCCCGGAGUCUGAUGAAAAUGCGAUGGAUUCCAUGGAUUUUGAAAGUCAAUACAGUAAAUCCUAUGACAUGGCGAUUGAACGCAAUUUGGAGGAAUAUCAAAAUAAUAGAGAUAAAUCUGAAGAGCGACAAUCAAUCGAAAAUAUAGAAGCGGAAUUAGAUAUCCAUAUAACUGACCUCUCCGAACAAUCAGACGAUGAGGAAAAUUAUGACGAUGAUGAGAGUCUCGAAGAGGAUUUAUGUUUUGAGAAUUAUGAACAAAAAAAUAGCAACGAUCAUUUCAUAACGCUAGAAAAUUUUGAUAAGGAGCUGAAGGAUUCGCAACAGUCUUCAUCGGAUUCUAUGCAUUCGCAUUCGAGUAAUAGUAGUAGUAGGAGUAGUAGUAAUAGUAGUAGCUGUGACCACGAAGCAAACAAGAAGGCAACUAAUAUGAUCUGUGAUGGUGAAGAAUAUGAAGAACAUGAAAAUAUGACAGAUAAUGAAACAGGUGAAGAUACACCUGACAGAGUUAAUGCAAAUGAUGUAAUGCUGCCAACAAUGUUUUGUAAGCCCGUAUUUUUUGAAGGUGAUAAAACAUCGAAUCUCUUGAAUGAAAGCUCGUAUUCUCAAUUAGAUACAAAUUCAGAUAAAUCUGAUAGUAAUGACUCAAAAUGUAUGGAAUUCGUGCAUCCUGAACUAGACCAUGUAGAUAAAAGAGAUCCAACGAAGCUAGAAUUUCCUCUUACAGAGGAAACACUUAAAACACAUGAAGCAAUCCAUGGAAAAGUUAAUCACAAACGACAUCGAUCAUAUUCCUCAUCGACAACUUAUUCUUCGACAAAUUCGUCCUGGGAUGAUACAUCAUCGUCGAAUUCAAAUAAUAAAAAAUCUAAACCGUGCCCAGAGCAGAAAAAAUUAUUGUUGCCAUCUUUCCUACCUAUUCCAAUUGCAACCAAACUACCAAAAUCAACAUCGGGCAUGGAUCUUAAUGACACAAAAGAAAAUUCAGUUGAACAUACUAACAUUGGAUUUAACGAUGACCAAUUGCAAGUGUCGGUUGUCAAAGUGAUUCAAGAGCAACAACAAUUGUCCACUAAAGCAUAUCUCGAUGAACAAAUAAGAACAAAUAAAACUGAUGUAGAGCAAUUCCCAACUUCUACGCCAGGACUCAUGCAUGAUGGGAAUAAUCAUAAUAAUGCUAGUUUCGCGGAAAACCACAAUGACAACUUAUUCUUUCACCAUUCAUUGCCAGAACAACUGUUCCAAUGUGACGAAAAAGAAGGCGAUGGCCAAAGCAAUAGUACGAAUAUAGCUGAUAAAAAUUCUGAAAGUCAAGAUGGGAGUUUGCAAGAUAGAAAAAAGGAGGAAACCGAAACUGAAUCAUCGCUAUUAUUGGAAAAUAAUGGAAUGUUGCCUAGCUUCAAUGAUUUGACAGAUGAGAAUAUUACUGGAGUAUCAUCAAAUGGAUAUAGGUUCAAAGAGUGGUACGAGACCUUGAAUGUUAGGUCAUAUAAUGAUGAAAUAAUAACCAUAUUGCCUUACUGUGUGAUAGAUUAGUCACACGGAAAGAAUGUAUUAAUAAUAAAGUGAAAAUAAAAUAUUUUGAGGAACAAAAAA